GCAGCUGCGAGCCCAAGGCCGGCCGUCGGGGCACGUGAUGCCGAGCCCAGCCCUGUCAACAAAGCCAGGCACGUGUGGAAGGGUCGGGGCUCGCCUCGCCCUUCUGUGCCGGUCCUGCUGGGCGGGGAGCUGCUGCUGCUGCUGCUGCUGCUGCUGCUUCCCCGGGGAAAUGGGGGGGGGGGGGCGUGCAGGAAAAGCCCCCCUCCACCUUCCUCCUUGACAGGUCUUGUGUCGGGUCUGACUGUGACCAUGCCAGAGAGUUCUGUGAAUACAACAGUUGGUGCCAACAUCACCCUUCCUUGCAUGUAUAUCCUAGAAUCUGUUCCUGAUAUGAUUCAAUGGAAUUUUUACGGCAGUGAUAUGGAAACUCUUCCAGUUUAUCUAUGGCGGCUUGGCGUACCCUAUUACUUUGCACAGUAUAAAGACCGGAUUCGAGUAGCAAACAACACAGGAAAUGCAAGCCUCUCCAUCUUCAACAUGCAGCCCUCAGACACCGGGAUUUAUAGAUGUUCGGUUUACAAAUUCAAGGAUGGUACCGCAAAUGAAGGUGAAAAAUCAGUGUCGGUCAGCGUACUAGUUCCUCCUUCGAAGCCUCUCUGCAGUUUUGGUUCAAGCCAUCAUCCUAAAGUUGAAAUUGGCCACUUGAUCACUUUAGCCUGCAUUUCGGAAAUUGGUCUGCCAAAGCCAGCCUACAAAUGGUACAAACUAAUUGGAGAUAAACCGCAGCCCGUUACUGAGUUAUACAAUCCUUACUCAGGACGCCUGGUUCUAGGCAACCUGACCCAGUUUGAAGAAGGCUAUUACCAGUGUACAGCUAUCAACUCUCUUGGGAACAGCUCCUGUCACAUCGACCUCACUACAAAACAUUCAGAAGGUGGCAUCAUUGUGGGAGCAUUAAUUGCGGCAAUUCUAGCUGCUGCCUUGAUUUGUAUCGUUGGUUGGAUUCUAAUCUCCAGAGAGAAGAAGAAGAGGAGAAAAGAGAAACCUGUAGCCAAAGAAAUGCAGCCUAUGGCUGCAAAGGCGGAAUACGCUGCGGUGCCCAGCCAAGCCAGCGUUCCCAUGGCUGCCGUCCCACCAAGCAAGGAUCCUAAUGAGACCGGAGAACAUGAUAGCCCAGGAGAAGCCCAAGUUGCCAUAUUGUCUGAAAAUGAGACACAGGAAAUGGGCCAUCAACCGGUUUCCUAAAACCAGUGGUUGCCCUUGGGGGGAACCCUAAAAAGCAGCCCAUGUAAUCAUGAAUUUGUACAUAGAUCCCACAUAUGUGCCUUCCAAAUAGUGUCACACGAGCAUUUAUGUCUAGCCAUCUUGAGAUCGAUUUCUCCAGCCUUCUGUCCAUUUCACAUGAGCCCAUAAUCUGACCAGAUUCGCACAUCACACGAGAUUGUCUAAAAGCAUGAUUGAAUAACCACAGCAGUUGGCACCUCAGAGGAGUACACAGCCCUGGGGCUAGCUAGUGCCCUGAAAUUCCGCCCCCCACCUUUGCCUUUUAAUUCAUUUUAAUAGCUCUUUCCUAUUAAAUCCCUACCUUUCUUUUAAAUUUUUAACUUUUAGAUAUACUGUUUUUAUAUUUUAACAUUUUAACGCCCAGAGUCCCUCUUUGAGGGAGACGGGCAGUUCAGAAAUGUGGAAAAUGUGAAGUACAGGUAGCCCUUCAUUUAUAGUAUGAUCGGUCAUUUAGCUGCUGUUUGAAGUUAAAAGGGAACCCCAAAAAGUUAUUUAUCAUUCAGAUUCUAAAUUCUGGGGUCUCCUCCCAGUCAAGUGACUGCAUUUUGGGCACUUGACAAGCAGCCUGUAUUUAACAGCUGAUACACAAGUUUUAAAAUUGGGUACAAUCAGGGGUGAAAUGCUCCCGGUUUGGACCGGAUCACCCGAUCCGGUAGCGAUGGCGGCGGGUGGUUCAGAGAACUGGUAGCAAAAAUCCCUGCCCGCCCCCCCCACCCCAGCUGAGCUGCGCGAUCAUCAGAGGUUUUUUUUUUUUAACUUUUAAAAGCAUUUUUUCUUCGGCCGAAAAAUGCUUUUAAAAGUAAAAAAAAAAGCCUCCGAUGAUCGCGCGGCUGAGCUGGGAUCGUCAGAACCCCAUUCACCCAGCAUCUUUUUUCAUUGUUCAAAUACUUUAGCCACCAUGCUUAAUCCUAAUUUACCCCCCAAGAAGGCAGUCAAUAACCUAAUGAGCUUUAUAGAAGCAGCCUCAAUCAGUAAAGAAUAUUUUUUUUCUGUAACUUGCUUUUGGAUUUUUUUAAAAACCAUUUUUUAAAAGAAAAAACACAUGCUUACUACUCAUCGUUCAGCAAAGACCUCUGAUGUAGUUUUUCUAAUGUAGAACAGCAU